GGCAUUUGCUCCAGGAGGCACCCCGUGCAUAGUUUGGGUUGGAGGACAAGAAGACGUCCCUCUGAAGCGGGUGGCUGAGAAGUUGACUUUGGCCGCCGGCUCUGCUCUUUGGGAAAGGGCAGCAGCCCAAGAACGUAGCAACAGUGGCAACUGCUUUCUCCGGGUCCAGGUCCAGGCACCUGUCUAAAGACCUGGAGAGCAUCUUCCCGCCAGAGCAGGUGUCUUUCCUCAGUCCUACCUGGAGAUACCGCUGUGGGUUGAAUCUGGGACCUUCUGCGUCCAAAUGCGGCGCUUUGCCCUCAGCUAUGACCCUUCCCUGACCAGAACCCGCGGAGGGCAGGCAGGGGGUGUCGAGAUUAAUCCUCCGCUCUCCCCCAGCCCGCCGCCCCCGCGGAAGCUGGGAGCAUCUCUCAUUCCCGGCACAUAAGGGUUUCCUGCCCUCCCACUUCCUUUGCUGAGAUUCGCCAACCACAGAAAUGAUGUGUCCCCCCGUUUUUUAACCGCGGCUGCAGGGGAAGCACCAAACCCUCCAGCCGGCCAUCUUGGAGCCCUCGCCAUAAAGCUUCCAGAACAUGAUGUAUGCCUCCGAGUCCAAACCCCGCAUUUGACACUCCCCUCCACCCAAGCCAAGCCAAGCCAAGCCAAGCAGCGCACCGCCCGGCCCCCUCCCCCUCUCCCCGCUAGGCCCGGAGGAUGAGCCGAGAAGCCCCCCGGCCCCCGAAGACGCACGCCCUGGCGCUCCUCAUCCUCUGCCUCGCGCUGGGUAAGUGGCUUCUGGGGUCCCGGCAUGGGGAGCUGAGGCAGGAAGGGAGCAGCGGGGAGGGGGCUGCUGCUGCAAUCUGGCGAGGCCCGCUGCGGACCUGCCCGGCUCCGCAGCCCCACUGACAGCUGCGCUCCAGGGAGGAGAAGGCGCCGCCGCUUUGCCUUGGCUCAAGGGCGGGCGGGGAGCGUCUUUGGGGGGCGCCUUCGGGGAGGGCCCUUUCCUGGCCAGAGCCCCUCAGUGCAUUUGCUGGAAGAACCGGCCAGAGCCUGUGCUUCGCCAGAGCUACACAAUUUUUGGCCGGAUCAGUCGCCAGCAACGGAGAAUAUCAGUGUCGAGGAAAGCGCUCCGGGCCUGGAUCUUUGGAAAGUGGCCGCGGGGGGCAGCGGCUGAGGGCAGUGUGUAUGUGGUCACUCUCUCACACACAGCUGUGCCGGGGUUGCCAGAUGCUGCUCCGCCUCCUAUCCUGGGGACCAGAGUUGCUCCCUCCCACGCCUGCUUGGGUCCUCCCAAAAUGAGGCACAGGUUCUUCCCUCGCUUGGACUGUGGGGUGUGGCGAGGGGGGGGGGGAUUUACAGCAGCCACCAGGCGACUCCGCAGGAAGAGAGAGACCCCUCUUGGUUCAGCAGGGGCCAACCACUGCCUCCCACCCCCUAGGAUACUGCGCCGGCGCCCACUCCCCAGCAUUCAUAGGGGCUUCUCUCAGAAGCCUUGUGGGAGCCUUCAAAGGUUUCCUGGCCACCGCUGGCUAUGCCCAGCAGUAGCUCCUCCUGCUCUCACCUUCCAAAGGGCCUCUGUAAAGGCAGACUUAGCCUCCCUACUGCCAGGCGCUACCUUUCUACAGCAGUCCAUGAUCACCAGUUCCAUGUGGGAGAGAAGAGACCAGGAGGGUGCGCCUAGGACCCGGGGCCAGAUCUGGACCUGGGCCUUCGCUACUCCCCAUUCCCAGCCCCGUCUUACUCGGCCCCCUGUGCUACAAGGCUUGUGUCCCGCUGGCCGAGCACACAGCCCGCUCUGCCUCUCCAAACAGGAGCGCGAAGGGUUUGCAAAAAGCGCGCAGGCGACCGUUUUGGAAAGGAUGAGGGGAGGAGAAAGGCCAGGCUUUCUGCGGCUGGGCUUGUGGGGAGAAGGGGGAGCAGCCAAGACGCUGCUCUGGGUAGCCAGCUCGGCGAGGAGCCCCCUGAUCUCAGCUGCGGAUCCCAGCUGAACUCAGGGCGCACCGUCUUCCCCUCGGGGCUCCCGGGGUACGGCGAGGGGGAGGUGUGUGUUGAAUGUGUUCCAGUUUUGCAGUAGCAUCUGACGAGCCAGGAACUGCCUCAGCAAUUGCUGCAUUCAAGGCACUGCAGAGGCUGCAGCUUCUGCAGCACUGGGGUUCCUCGGAACAGCCAGGAGACCGGUUUGCCAGACGUCAGCAAAAGGGACUGACAGAAACAAGCUGACCUUGGACUGCCUGCCUCAGGCGUCUCCUUAAAGCCCCAGGGCUGCCACCCAGCUACAGCAGCGCUCGGAAAGAAUGACACCCAUACCCAUGUGGGGCAGCAGAAAUGCCUCUACUCCUGAGCAUGCGCUCAGGGUGGAGGGUCGGGCACGCACGCUGCCAUGAUUAUCCCCUCGGGGGUGACUCAGGGGGGGUCUUAGGGCCACGCGGAAGGAGCUUUGGAUCGGAGCAGUGGUGCAGCCUGGGAAUGUCAGACCCCAGACGUGGUGGCAGGUAUUGCUAGUUCAGUCCUGAAACAGGUAAUCCAGGCAUCUCGCCGCUCUCCCCAGCCGUCGUUUCGUCCUCUGCAAUUCCUUCUACGUUCCUGAUCUGUUAAAGCCAAAACAAAAAGGAUAUAGUGUGCCAGCCCUGAUCAGAAACUGAACAAUUCUGAGCACCUGCGGUUUCACGCUUUAAACUCGCCUUGAGCCCCCGCGUGGCUGACCGGUAAAGAAGGUGAGGGUGAGGGGAGACCCUUUUGGGGCUCUGCCUUCAAAGCCAGGGGGACCUGGGAGGAAACAGAGAGGGAGAAUGGAAGCGGCGGAGCUGUUGGCCGGCUUCUUGCCAUCCGUAGCCGGGACGGAACAGCGGCGGACGCAGGAGCUCAGCGCGCGUCCUUCCGUAGCCAAAGCCUCUCCAGCAACGCGCGCAAGAGAGGGAGCGCUCUGCCUUCAGCCUGGCGGGGAAGUUUUCAGACGCCCCCUCCCCCAAAAACCCUCGUUUAGAAAAAAAAGAAUAAUCCCAAAUAACUGGGCCAGAAUGCUGGCGGGAGGGGGACGAAAAACAAGGGGAGAGGGGAGGUCUGGAAAGGGAUGUGCGCUGCAUGCAGAAGGUCCCAGGAGCAAACCCCGCUGGCAUCUCCAGGUAGGGCCAGGAGGAGACACCCCUGCCUCAAAUCCUGGAGAGCUGCUGUUGCCAGUCAGUGUUGACAAUACUGGCCUAUAUGGACCGAUGGUCUGACUCGGUAUAAAUGCAGUUUCUUAUGUUCCUAAUAGAGUGCUCAGGAAAGGGGCAGGACUGACUGCCUGGCGCCUUGAAUAGGAGUGUUCCACACUGUAACCAGGAGUCGCUCGUCCCACUUCUCUGGCCAUCAAAGAAUUGUCUAGUUGGAAGGGACCCCAAGGGUCAUCUGGUCCAACCCCUUGCAAUGCAGGAAUCUUUUGCCCAAAGUGGGGCUCGAACCCACAUCCCUGAGGUGCAGAGUUUCAUGCUCUACUGACUGAGCUAUCCCGUCAGGCUUGUUCUAUAAAAUUACCCAGCUACGUUUUUCCGGUGCAGUUGGGAUCCCGUUUUAAUUGAGCACUUACUAUUGAACUGUCUUGAGCGCUUUCCCCUUUGGAAAGAAACAAACAAACCAACUCCCAGAGGGUCCUUUGUCAGCAGUCCGCCUUCCUUCAAAAAAAAAGGGGGGGGGUUGCCGACCCAACGUUGCUGCCCUUCGUGUGUAAUGGGUGGGUGGGGUGGGAGAGCAAGCGAGGCUGGAUCUGCACUGAUCUGUAUAAAUGCUAUUAAAUAAAGGCUAUUAGAAGAGAAAAAAACCCUAUAUAACUCUCAAUGCAAUUUCCCAUGGCCGACUGAUUGCUGCUCUGCAGCGCCCUCUGGUGUCACAUUUUUAUAACACAUUUAAAAAGUUAUAACUGACCAGUGUAGAUUCGCCUCUCCUGUCUUACCCUGUUCUCCUCUUCUUCCGGCAGUGCCAAGCAGCCUGGGCAUGGAGGUCACGGCGCCUUUCACCAUCAUGGCCCUGAAUGGCUCCUCCGUCCGCCUCACCUGCACCUUCAACUCCUGCUACCGGGUGGAGAAGAAGCAGUUCUCCCUCAACUGGACAUACCAGGAAUGCGACAAUUGCACCGAAGAGAUGGUAAGUCUGCAGCCCGCAGCUGAGCUGGGCCGGUCACUUCCUCGAAGCAUGAUGCGGCGCAGAGGCAGAUUGAGGGGGAGUGCAAAACUGGGUCGCCUGCACUGGGUGCCCAGCUGAGAGGGCGCCGCAACAACAACUUAGCGGCAGAGCCUGGAAGUCCUUUCAACCCGUCCCCCAAAUGCGGUUCCUGUGAAUGUAUGUGUGUGGAGGGAGCGGGUUGUAGCACUUAUUCCACGCGAAGCUGCCAAGCGUCUGCUGUGGCUUAAGUUUCUUGUUGCCACAAUAAAUGUGCAAGUCUUUAAGGUUCCAGAACUCUGUUCGUUGUGUUUGCUGUAACAGAUGAGCCCUGCUGCCCCUUUUAAGUCACGAUCAAGCGGAAUGCACUCGUGCAUGUGCUCAGAGGCACCCGUUUUAUUGCAACCACAUGUCCCAGGGAUAGUCUUUGCUACUGAAGCCUGUUUUUAUUUUAUUUUUUUAAAAAGGGUGUGUGAUACAUAGGAGCCCAACUCCUAGGGCCAAGAGGUCUUGGCCCCCUCAAUAAAAUACUUGAGGGCUCCCCCCAACCAAAGUUAAUGGGCAUUGCUAUUCAAAUGGUGUCCCUUCAUGUGAUCGAUUAUGUGGGGCGGGGCUUUCCUGGGUACCCCCAUUUCAAGAUGGCUUCCCAUCUUGAUAUAUCGGUUUGUCGCAGCUCUCCAGAGCCUCCUGUGUGGACUGCGGCAAUCUCUGCUACUUUAACGCCCCCCACCCCGUCUCCAGUUUCUACAGUUUAGGUUGAAGAUUGUUCCUAUGGAGCAGACCCGCUUUGGGGAUCGCGUGGAGUUCACCGGGAACCCCAUCAAGAACGACGUCUCCUUCACUCUCCACAACGUGCAGCUGGAUGACGAAGGGACCUACCACUGCUACGUCAUGAACCCCCCUGACCGGCAGAAGGGACACGGCAAGAUCAGCCUGAUAGUGAUCACCGAAGGUCAGUCAGCCUUCCGGAGGCCUGCUGUCUAGGGUCUCCCUCUCCCCCUAGGACCUACCCCACAACAGCACGCUUUUCUUACCUGCUAUGCUGCAGCGUCCUAGAAAGGCCACGCCCACCCCAGAAGCCCACCUUCCUGCAAAGCCGGGGUGCCCCCUGCCCCCUGUCCCAACCCCUGCUUCCCUAGCCCCUCUCUCCAAGCCCCCUCGGGGAUCAAGCCUGCUGCGCGUGCCCUUCCUCAGCCCCGUCCCCCACUAGUCUCGGCUGUGUCUCCUCCGCAGAACCUCCCGAGAGGGACUCGACGGUGGCCGUGAUCGUGGGCGCCACGGUGGGAGGGUUCCUGGCCGUGGUCAUCUUGGUGCUGGUGGCUGUCAAGUGCGUGCGGCGCAAGAAGCAGCAGAGGUUGAACACGGACGACCAGAAGACGGAAGAGGAGGGCAAGACGGACGGCGAGGGCAACCCCGAUGAAGGCACCAAGUAGACCGGUGCCCAGCGGCCCGGAUGGUCCCCUCCUGCACUCCGCCCUUCCGCCCUCCCGCAUCCAUGAGCUUCCUCUAAAGACUCUCCACUGGUGUCAGAAGUGUCGAGGUCCCUCCCUCCCCCACUUAAGCCUCUCCAUUGAGACCUUGUACGCAGCUGGGCAGGGCGCUGCAGAGCAGAUCUUCCUCUGUGGAAGAAUUCCAGGGCUAAAAAGUUGGGGGGGGGGUUGCAAAGGGAGGAUUUGGGCGGUGAGAGCGAGGGCUUGCCUCCCACCUUGCCACAGGGAAGGUCUUGACCUGUUCCUCCUGCCCCUGCUGUUGGUCCUUUCUGCCCGGCGCCUCCAAGGAUGGAAAGGCUUCUUCCUGGCCCGCCCCCACCCACCAGGUCACCUGGGGCACACCGUGAGAAACUCCGCCCGCUGGAGGGGAUCUUUUCCCUUCCUGAGGGGACGCCACGGGGGUGUUUGUGUGUGUUGCUGCUGAAGGGGAGCAUUGGCCCCAGGAUGAGAAGGGGGUGGGGUGGGGGGACAGAGGUUCCCCCUUCUGAUGCAGAAACUGCCACUUAUCGUCUUCCUUCUACAGAAGCCACAAGCACAACCCACUACUGCCAAACGCAACUCACUGCCAGCGGGACGGGAGGGGGAGGUCGAAAGGGCGGCACAUUCUGACUCCCUCCCAGAACCGGCAUUUGCAAGCUCACGCGUCAGCUAUUCCCUGAUCCCCAUCCAAACGAACACGACUCCCUGAUGUUUCCUAUGCCCAGCAUAAUUGGGGGGAGGGUCUUUCUGGGAAUAGGCUUUUUUUGGGGGGGUGGCGGGUGGGAGACUGCUUGUUUAUUUCCUGAGAGCAUGCUGCCUGUGCCGCGCGCCAUGCUUUUUCUUCUUGGGUGGGCGACUAUGCUUUCUGCUGGGAGGAGCGCUCCUGAAGGGCCCUGGCGGAGGAGAGGUCUGGAUCUCAUGGAGGGGCAAGAUCCUGGGCCUGUCUGCCUUGUCCUCCCCACUCCACGCUCCGGCUUUCCUUUCGGUAGAGCGCACUUACCUGGCAGUGCCCGUCAGCCUCUUGCUGUAAACUUCACCAGGGCUCUAGGGGAGGCAGAGCUGGAUCAGGUCCCUCGGUGCUUGCUGCGUCCUUGGCUCGGAAGCAGGCAAUUCCUGGGUGCCUCUUCCUCUCAGCCACAGCUGGGCUCCAGGCCCGGUCAUCGUCCACCAACCCUGGCCCCUGCAUGACCCUGCCGUCCUUCAAGGAGCUCUCGGUUUCCUGUCACUGUCGCACCUGGGGACAAAAAGGGCAGGGCAGUGAAUACGGGGAGGAGGCGCCCCCUAAGUCCUCUUGCUUCUCCCAUCCUUCUCCCAUCUGGCCGGGCCAAGGCUCUGCCUCGUUCCUUGCUGCCUUGCUGCGAUUGGCUCGUUCUCUGCUAAGCAGGCCACAAGGUGGUGCUCUCGCCUCUCCUGACAAUGGAGCCAGCUUUUUUUUGGGGGGGGGGGGUUUCACCACUUGUGGGAAUGUUUAGGAGGAUAGGAGAGGAUAUAUUGUUUUGAUAUUAUCCCUCCUCACUCACGCUAGCGAGCAAACAGCAGAGCACAGUCCCUUUGCAACUUAUUGGAAGCAAGUUGAUGACUCGCUAGAGUCUUUUAAUUAAGCAAUCCAGUCUGGCUUGUUCCUGGUAAAUUUCCCCUUUAUUUCCCUCUUAAAAUAAGAAUAACGCAACACAGUCUUCUUGAAAAAUAACAGGUUUUUCUCACGUUCAGUUCACAGCAGUAAUCUGAAGGCAGGCUAUAUCUUGUGGCUACAGUUACAUUUGUAGAGAAAAGUUAAGUCCGAGUUAGGUCUCCAUCCUCUGCAAGGAUAUGCCAUGUGCUGGCUAAGAGCCAGGAGCAGUAGGGAUCCAGAAGUGAAGAUCCAAAAGAGGAAAAGGGAAGCUGGCUGCAUGGUUAGCCCUUUUACAUGGACAGCUAGGGUCACGCCCAUCCACCUGGUCACCCACAGGGAGAGGAGGCUCCAGAGCAGAUAUGACAGGAAGCCCUCCCUGUCUGGAGCCCCUUCCCCCUGUGUGUCCAUUCUGGGCAACAGGAAAAUGUUGUACUUGCUGCUCUAUCAAUACAUCCCACACCACUAAUAUCCCUUCUGGAGAAAGGGGUGAUGGUUCUUCUCCCCGGAGUCCCACGACUGAAACGCGGGUGGGGGAGAGUGCAGGGCAGGCCGGCCAAGGGCACCUCGUCGGCUGGUUGCGGGGCCUGGAGCUGCCUUUGGUUCUUGCUUGACUUUUCCCGGACCCGUCGCUCGAUAUUUGCCCCCCCCCCCCGGGGAGACGCAGAUGCCUCUUGUUCUCGCCACCCGGCAGCUCGACAGCGCCCCCUGCCGCCACCUUCCUGUUCUUUAUUGUUUUGCCAAAUUUUGCCGUUUGGUUCUCAACCAAAGCCACAGUAUGGAAUGUUUUAUUGCUCUUUUCGUGCGUACGCAGGAAAACAAAUAUACAGAUAAUGCAUACCUAUACACAUGUACAUAGUCAGGAAACGAUUUCGUUGACCAUACUUUGCACAUUGGCUGUUUGUAUUUUCGCUGUGCUGCUGCUAUGUUGGGAGUAAGCAUUUUUCCUGCCUAGGUCUGUCUCGGGGAAUCAGAGACCAGGGAAAUAAAACAGAGCUCAGAACAGGCGUAGCUCCGCCUCUUUCCCGGGACAGCUGGGCAGUGGGGAAACCUCAGCUUCACGAGCAUAGACCGGGCAACUCUGCGGGGUCCUGGUUUGCAGGACCCUAGGAUCCUGAAGGCCGCCUAGUCCGCCUCACCCCAACACAAAGCCUAGGGCAGGGCUUACAUCCAGAGCAUAUUAAAUAAUAAAGAUGAUCGUGCCUCUGAA